AGUAAAUGGUGGGGUACUGGAGAUUGUAUAGCUUAUCUCCAUAAAGAGAAUUCAUCUACAUUAUAGUACUAAUGUUUUCAGUCGCCUAACAAUCAGUGAGAAAAAAUAUAGACACUUGCCUAAUGAACAUGAUUGGUUUUUAGCAAGUAUGAUGUGUGAAAAGUUGAAGUUAUUUUACAAUGUUACUGAAAUAUUUUCUAGGGCUCAAUAUCCUACUGCCAAUCUUUUUUUUUUCCUAAGAUAUGUGAGAUUAGAUUGUUGCUCAAUGAAUGUCUUGAGUUAGAAUGUCUUGAGAUAAAAUUUAUGGUUGAAAAAAUGAUUGAAAAAUUUGAAAAGUAUUGGUCUGUGAUACAUGGGAUAUUGGCCAUAUAUAGCAACAAUUCUAGAUCCAAGAUUUAAGAUGAAACUGAUUGAAUACUACUUCCCUCGAAUUUAUGGUGAGAAGUCCUCUAUAGAAAUUGAGAGAGUUCGAAAAUUGUGUCUUGAUUUAGUGGGGGAAUACAAUAUUAAUCAAGAUCAGGGAAGUACUAUCAAUCAUUCAUUGAGUUGCUCUGAGCAUGAUAAGGAUGUUGAUGAGUCUGUUGAUGAUUUGGCUGGUUAUGAUUUGUUCGUUACUAGCACAACAAAUGUGGAUACUUUUAAGUCUGAGAUAGAGUACUACUUGGAAGAGGCUGUUUUGCCAAGGAUUUCUGAAUUUAACAUUUUAGCAUGGUGGAAGAGCAAUGGGUUGAAAUAUCCUACUUUACAAAGGGUUGCUAAAGAUGUUUUGGCUAUACCAGUGACUACAGUUCCUUCGGAGUCAGCUUUUAGCACUAGUGGGAGACAUGUCACUCCUCAUCGUAACAGGCUACAUCCUAACACUUUGGAAGCUUUGGUGUGUGCACAAGAUUGGUUAUGGGCUGAGAUUUUAGAUUCAUCUACAAAAAUACCAAAAUAUUCAACAGUAAAUGAAGAUAUAAAAGAUGAUGAUGAAGAGGGACCAAGUUAUGUGGACUUUGAAACUUGAUAAAGAUUAUGAUGACUGAUGAUGAAGGCUGCCAUAGAAGAUAUAUUUAUCUUUUAUUUAUGGACUUUUAAGAUGUUUAGAUUGAUGUUGAAGAACUUUUUAGACUAUCGUUGUUUUUUUUUUAAACAGUAGACUAUGUUAGUUUUUUUAAGGCUAUUGGUGGAUUUUUAUAUUUCAUGUAAUAGAAUUAUUAUGGUUAUUAUUUGAAUGAGUUUUUAUGAUGGUUUUUUUUUUCUUUUAUUCUUUUUGAGAUUUUUUUUUUCCAAAAUUAUAUUCAUGGUUACCCAAUGAAUAGCCUCCUCCCACUGGGUAAUUCUUGCUCUGUCUCCCACUUUUAUUUAAAUGGGUAUAGGGCGAAUUUAGGAUACGGGUAUGGGGGUGGGUGAGCAAUCCCCGGCCCCGCCAUGCCCCGUUUACUUCCCUAUGGGUACCCGAUGGGAAUCUUUCUCCCACCGGGUAAUCCCCGCCCCCGUCCCCGCUUUAAUUUAAACGGGUAUUGGGGCGGGUAUGGGGGUGGGAGAGCAAUCCCCACCCUCGUCCCGCCCCGUUUACAUCCCUACCACCAGCUAAUGCUCAACCUGUUCUUCCCAAUAAUAAUCUGUUACCUCUGAAUCUCAGAUUGGAUCGAUCGAAUUACACUGUCUAGAG